GUGCUCGCUAUUAUUACUAUUAUUAUUAUUAUUAUUACUACUACUACCGUCGCUGCAGUUAUAAUAUUAUUACAGUUUAUUUAUUUUAAAAUAUAUCACUCGACGAGUUCGACCACCAAACACGCGUAGUCCGAUUUACAAACGAUUAUAUAUUGUGUCGUGUUUGACACAUAUAAUACGACACGUCGGAUAAUAUUAUACAUAUACAGUACAAGUGCGCCCACUGAUGCUGAGAGAGGACGGCGAAUCGUCCGCCGUAUAGUACACGUAUAGUACAGUCACACCUAAUAUUAUACAGUACUAUACGCGGAUCGUGUGAUAAUUUGUUGUUUACACCACGAGCGCACGCCAUCUCGUCAUUCGGCGUCGGGACGACGGAGAAAACACAAAUAAUAUUAUAACAACAAUAAUUAUAUCGCCGUCAUCGUCGUCGUCGUCGUCGUGGUAAUAUCGUACGCGGCCGCCAGCGUUCGAUCCGCGCGCGCCCAGUCCGCGCGCCCGUCCUCGUCGCGCAGUCACAUCCGUCACCAGCGCGUGCACCGUACUCGUCGCGUGUCCGUCCGUCCACCGUCUCGCCGCGCGCCGAUCACAACUAUUGCGUUCGGGGUUAUGGACGUGGCGGCGUUGGCCGCGGCGACCGAGACGACGACUGAUACGACCAAUUCCGCGGCCACCGCGGCAGCUGCUGCAACGGCGGACGUCGGCAUCACGACGAGACCGACGAAGGUGACGUUGACGGCGGCGACGACGACGACGACGACGACGACGACGACGACGAUAGCGGACACGGCGAACAUCUGUGAUCAUAGCGAUACGGCCGCGGUGCGCCCGCCCAAGGUUCGCGUCCGAUCGUCGUCUUAAGAGGACGCGAGUGGGGCCGCAGAGCCCGAGACGUGUGAUCGCAGGCCCAGCACGUAUAAUAGCCUGCUGCAGUAGCCGUGACACGACGCCGUAAUGCCGGAACAGAGCAACGAUUACCGAGUGGUGGUUUUCGGGGCGGGCGGCGUGGGCAAAAGCUCGCUGGUGCUCCGGUUUGUCAAGGGCACGUUCCGCGAAUCGUACAUACCGACCAUCGAGGACACGUACCGACAGGUGAUCAGCUGCAACAAGAACAUCUGCACGCUACAGAUCACCGACACGACGGGGUCGCAUCAGUUCCCCGCCAUGCAGCGGUUGUCCAUGUCCAAGGGCCACGCGUUCAUAUUGGUGUACUCGUGCACGUCCAGGCAGUCGCUCGAGGAACUCCGGCCGAUAUGGCAGGUAAUCAAAGAGACCAAAGGUGCAUCAGAGCUACCAUCAAUACCAAUUAUGUUGGUUGGCAAUAAAUGUGAUGAGAAUGACACUCGAGAGGUUUCAGCUGAAGAAGGUGACGCUGAGGCUAGACGGUGGGGCUGUCAUUUCAUGGAGACAUCAGCCAAGACCAACCAUAAUGUCAAGGAGCUGUUUCAGGAGCUUCUCAAUCUGGAGAAGAAUAGAAACAUAUCUCUACAGCCUGAAAAAAAGUCCAUGCGCGGCCGUAAGAUACGGGAGAAGUGUGCGCUCAUGUAGUAGUAUAUUAUUUACUACCAAGACACGCUCAUCGGACAUGGGGAUAUAGUUUUACAUAUGUGUUGUUUAUAUUUUAUAAAAUAACUUUCAUUUUGUUAAGUCACAGUUCAUUGAGAAUUAAUAUAAAAUGUCACAGUAAAAAUUAAAUUAAAAUUUUUUAUUAGCGAGACUGAUAAGCGGCUGACAACACCAAUUUAUUUAGAUAAGUACUUUAGAGCGAUGUUACAACACAAUAACGCCAUGGACUUUAUUGGGGGUGCAAAUAUAAAUGAAUUUCUGUUGUGUAUGUCAUAGACAUUAUAGCUAGCAAAGAUAUAGCACUUAGUAUUUAUUUUGUAUAUAUUAUCCAUAAUAAUUACUAUAUCAGUCUGACAGGGAAUAUGAGUAUGGUGAAUACUUUUGUGAAAUCAAUUUUCACUGUACUAUAAAAUAAAUUUGAGUAAUUAUGUAUGCAGUUUAUGUGUUUGAUUUAUGUAGUUAUUACCCGAGAGAAACAGAAUCCAACCCUAGAUUUUUAAUUUUUAAUGUACAUCAUUUAUGUGUAAUGUUCAGCGUACAGAAUAUAAACUAUAUUUCUUUUUUUUUUUUUCAUAAUUAAAUAUUAACUAUUGUAACGAGUGUUAUAUACAGUUGUAGUGUACCAAAUUUUCCUGUAUAUAAUGCUCAUAAAGUACCAUAAAAAUAUUAACUAUUUUUAUUUUUUAAUAUUUCUAGACAAGUAAUAUUGCUUUUCUUUAUAAAGAUGAGAAUUAUAUAUUGUAUGUUGCACCUUGUACAUAAUAUUUUAAUAAACAAUGUAGUUACCUAGUCAACAAUAUUAUAAUUAUAUUUUUAAAUACAUGACAUUUGGUAACCUUUGUUUUUUUUAGAAAAAUAUUUUAACAUGUUAUUAUUGUUUACAGCUUUAUAUGAUUAAUUUGUUAUUCUAGUUGUAUAAGUGUAUUGUCGAUCAAUUUUAAAAAUUGGAAGUGAUUUUUGUAAAUCAUUCUAAUUAAAACAUUUAGUUCCUGAAAAUAAUUUUCUUUAUCAUUGUUGAUUUUACGCUCACAAUUUUAUUGUUUUUAUAUUUUCACUUAUGUAAUAUUAAUAUAGAUUUAGAUUUCAUUAAUUUUAAUGAAAUAAUUAAUAUUUGUAUAAUUGAAUCAUUUUUUUAAUUUUUACAUAUUAUUAUUAAAUUAUUAAUUUAAUAGGCUAAUAAUUUAGCUGAAAUAUUAAACCUACAGAUGGGAACACAAUUAUUUGAUAUUUAUUUAUAAUUACUAAUAAUUAGGUAUUGCAUACUUUUUUGGUAUUUUAUAGAAUAUAAAAAAAAAGUUUUAUUGUAAUGUUAGCCUAAUGCUCAAUAAGAAUUUAUAAAAGAAAAAGAUAAAACAUUUUUCAGUUUGUAUUGUCCAUUAAACAAUUUUAUUGUUUAUUAUUUAGACAUUUAUAUAAGAGCUUUUAAUUGUUGUUUAAUGAAUGUUCAGUAAAUAAUAUGUAAUAUUGAAUGUCAGAGUACUCACACGUGAAAUCAUUCAUGUCAAAUCCAAAAAACCAACACAGUUUCAAUAUAAAUUAACUGACAAAGGGACAGUAUAUCGAGGAAUUUAAAAUGUAUAGUUAUUAUACUUAAUAUUGUCAAACAUUUAACUUUUUUUUAAUUUUUAUUGAACUUAAUUCAUAAUUACAUUUUUUUAGAAAACAUAUCACAAAAUAAAACUUUUAUUUAAUAUUAUUGUCAUAUAAAAAGUAAAAGUAUCAAAAUAAAUACUUCAAAACUCUGCUAUA